AUGCUGCUGCCGGAUUGUUUCUCGCCGGAGGAGGUGCGGGCGGAUUUCGAGCUUUACGAGUCCAUCACCGCGCCGGAUUCGUCGUUGCAGAUUUUCAUCAAAGGCGUCCUCGCGGCGCGGCUGCGGCUGGUGGAGAAGGCGAUGACGUACUUCCGCCAGGCGCUCUUUCUUGAUCUCGACAAUCUGAUGGGGGAUACCGGCGGGGGGCUGCACUGCUCGAACAUGGCGGGCUCCUGGUGGGUUCUCGCGAUGGGCUUCGGCGGGGUUCGGGUGAGUGAGGAGACCCUGCAUUUCGAUCCUCGGCUGCCGGAGGGGUGCGCGGGGUAUGAGAUUAAAAUCCGCCACGCCGGCGGGCUCGUCCAGGCGGUCGUGAAACCGCGGAUCGUGACGUACACCCUUUUGGAGGGGCCGGCGGAUGGGAGCGGUGGGCUGCUGCUCAUCCACGGCGAAACCCGACGCGUGCGGCUCGCGAAGGACGAGCCGCAGAAGGUGCGGCUUCGCCACGACGUGUGCGUGUUCGACUUCGACUGCGUGAUCUUCGACAUCGACAGCAUCCUGCUCGGCCUCCAGGACGUCCACUACGCCGCGUGGAAGGAGGCCUUGGAGGAGUACUUCACCGACAUCGCGAUGCCAGACUUUUCCAUGACGCGGGAGCUCUUCCUCGCCUACCUCAGUCAUAACCGACCGAUGAACGGCCUCGCGGAGCUUUUUAAGCGCUUCAGCCGACCGCUCCCGCCGUCGGGCGGGCAGACGAAUUCGGAGGGCGCCCAACUCCUCACCGAUCUUUUCAGUCGAAAGCUCCACAAGUUUCGCCAGAUCAUCCAAAAGCAAAGCCUGCAGCUUCGCGAGGGCACCAUCCAGUUUCUGACGAAUCUUCGCGCGAAUGGAAUCAUGGUCGGGUGCGUAACGGAUAGCCGAAACGGCCGUUGGAUCCUCAACGAGUGGCCGCAGCUUCAGGCCCUCUUUGAUCACUUCAUCGACGCCGUGGAUGGGGAGAGUCUCGGGUGGUGCUACCGUCCGGAGAUGGAUUAUUUUAAGUCCUGCGCGAAGAGCAUGGAUUGCGCGUGCGCGCGGACGGUGAUCGUCAUGGAUAGCGCCGAAGGCUACUCCAAGAGCUGCGUCGAGCAAUUUUGCAUGCUCAUCGGCGUAAGCGAGAAGCCGGAGGCGCAGCAAUUUCGGAUUCCCUACGUGAAGAUCAACGACUUUAAGGACUUGACGACCGAGCUGAUUAAUGAAUACAUCGGCGACGACACCCUCCAGAGUCAUCGUGGAAACAGGCGGUUGUUAAAAGUAACUUGCAAUGAGGAUUUAACGGGUCCGUGA